AUGUCGAAUACCCAAGAAGAUGUAAGGAAAAUUAAGGAAAGGAAAUUGGCACCUUCGAUUGAACAGUUGAUUUCAAAAAAAGACACAGCUGCUGAAGAUGGAAACAAUGAGGAUGAACCACAGCUUUCUACCAAGGAAAGAGAAUUCCGUGAUUACCUGAGGUCCCUGUUUGAGGUUGUUGUCAUGAUGGGUAAGCAGAACAUCCCACUGGCGACAAACAAGUCACCUGAGGCUCCACGUGACAGCGGUAAUUUCCAGGCCCUCCUGCAUUACCGCAUGAAUGCCGGAGAUGCUGCCUUGAGGAAGCGGUUUGAGGCUACAGCUGUAAACGCAGAGUACCUCUCGGUGGUUCAACAGAGCCAGCUGCUGGACAUCUGUGAGAACACAGUGAGAGAGGAGAUACUCAUGGAGGUGAGGGAGAGUCACUUUUUCUCUCUGGUCACGGGUGACCCGGUUGAAUUUGCAGAUGAGAAACUCCUACCUCUGUUCUUGCGCUUUGUGAACCAGCGCAAUGUCCUUCGGGAGGAACUUUUGGACUUCGUGUCAUUCGAAAGCGAUGAGGCUUCCCUGGUUGAGCGGCUGGAGGCCCAGCUGACGGAACAUUACGGACUGAGCAUGGAGGACUGUCGCGGACAGGCCCACAAGGCCACCGGGACCUCUGUCACCAAAAUGAAAGCUGUGGCAGUGAUACUGAUGGAGAAGUACCCCCUCGCACUCCACUUGCCUUGCUCUACUACUGCGCUGAACAUCCAUCUUGCCAACAGUCUGCCUUUCCCCAGCAUCCAGGCAGUCAUGGAAACCGUCAGGAAGAUAAGCAUUUUCUUUGGGAAGUUUGCCACUCAGGCCGAGCUACAGAAAUCUAUCUCCGCUUACUUCGAAGAAGAUGAUGUAAAAGGAACUGCACUGAAACGAGCAUGCAGCUCAAACUGGACAGAACAACACAACGUCUUUGAUCUGAUGGUAGACAUGCUGCAGUCCCUGUUGCUUUGCAUGGACAGCGUCUGGCACAAUGAAAAUGCAAUGUUUACUGCCGAAGCUGCAGCAGAUGCUUAUUCAAUAACAGAAACCCUGGCUGACUUUGAGAUGAUAGUUACCAUUGUUAUCUUAAAGAAUGCCCUCUCGUACACCAGAGCCUUUAGCAGGAACCUCCAGGGAGAGACACUUGAUGUGUUUAUUGCUGCAAACAGCCUAACAGCGGUUCUGCAUUCACUGAAUGAGGUCAUUGAUAACAUUGAUGUCUAUCAUGAUUUCUGGUUUGAGGAGGCUGUGAAUUUGGCAGCUGCAUUGGACAUUCCAGUAAGUGUACCCAGGCUAUUUGAUCAGAGACAGCGUGCAGCCGACAUGGGGGAAAUCCAAGCAGAGGCAUACUUUAAAGAAUAUGUGACCAUCCCUGUGGUUCAUGGUAUCAUCCAAGAGGUCGAGGCCAUCUUCCCUGACAACAGCCUCAAAGCCCUCAAAUGUCUGUCUCUGGUCCCAGCCGUCAUGGCUCAUAUGAAUUUUAACACGUCUGAGGAGAACCAUGCAGACUUUUAUCACAAUGACCUACCCAAUCCAGACACUCUCACAGCCGAACUGCACUGCUGGAGGAUCAAGUGGAAGCACAGGGGCAAAGAAGAGCGAUUGCCCUCGACCAUCUACGAGACCCUUCAGCUUCCAGAUGAAAAGUUUUUUCCCAACAUGAAGUCCUUCCUCAAGGUACUCUCCACCUUGCCAGUACUGAAGUUGGAGGACGGCAGCUCUGAGAUGGCAGUCAACCGGCUGCAGGUUUACCUUGACAGCACGCCUGUCAGGUACCGCAGCAAGAGCCUGGCUGUGCUCAGUGUAAAUGCCAAUAUCAAGCAUGACUUUGAUGUCAUGGUGGACAAAUACUGCACACUGUACCCCGAGGAUGAGCCUGAGCCCAAACCUGAGCCUGAACCCGAACCCGAACCUGAACCCGAACCUGACUGUGACCCUGACAUGUGGUUCAGGAGGAUGUUUCAAGGCGGUGAAGUUAGACUCCCGUCACGCCUGUUUAGUGUCAGUCAACAGGACAAAACAGAAUGAAAGUGAAAAGCAAUCACAUUAAAGGACCC